ACGCCACCUGCAUCAGGGGAAACCCUUCCAUGUUCCUUCCACACUUGAGUUCCAUACUCCAUCCCAGGUAGCCAGGAUGUCACAGGUAGCUUAGAGGUUCGUUCCUUAGGAUGGAACUUUGCUUCAUCGACUACACUCGUUCGCCCAUAUACGCUCGUUCAGUCAUUUUUCUCCAAUAUCGUACUUUCCAUCUUUUUCACUGGCAUAGUUGGUUACAGUCAUUCGUUUAGAGAGACACUCGUUAAAAAGUUCUUCGUUUUCACCCUCGUUCAUCAUCGUUAGCAUCGGGUCUCCUUUUAGCUUCCAAGCAUUUUUGGGGCAUGACACAGCUUCCGGCACUGGAAUGUCGCAAACUGAUCUGCGAAGUGAUCUAAUCGUCAGCCUUGGGCAUAGUGAUCGACAUCAGCAAACUUGCCACGAAUCCGAGCCGGCAUCAUUUGCUGCAGCAUCACAGAGUAUCGAGGGGUCACAACGAUUCUAUCGCUCUUUGGACAGACAGGAUGAAAGCCAGGAGGUCGGUCAUGAGAGGCCCCUAUCGGCCCACUCUGAACGUCUGGUCACAAUGGAAGAGACGCGCGAUGGGGCUUUGCAUACGCUCGCUUUGUGUCGCAAUGUCAUCAUAACCCUCGAAUUGACACGCCUGCGCAAGUCCCGGACUGGAUUUUCCUAUUGGAUGUCAUUUUGGGCGCGAGUAUAUCAGAGACCGCUCGCUCGAAGUCUUUGUUCUCAUGUCGCGAAAGCCUUGAAUAAGGUCGAUGCGCUGUUUCGCGCUGUCUCUCAAGAGCUUCAACAACUUACGUCGAGAAUGGAACAUGCGGUCGCGGUAGCUUCCUCGGAGAAGGAGAUUCUGUAUCUGCUCGAACGAAUGGAGGAGGAAGUGGGUGUGCGCCAAAGACGGAGGCGUCAAAAAGCCCAAAGCAUCACGGAGAAGAUGCGCGCCAAAAUAGAAGCGAUACCCGUCAGAGUCACAGACACGCUUUUCGACGAUCUGAAGCGUGGAGUGUUUGCCCUGGACGUCUUUUGUGACUAUCAUCCCGGAGACCCUGUUGCGGAGGCAAAUGAGAUGUUGUGCGGAAACAACCUCGAAUACCCUCCGCACCCAUCGUUGGGAACGGUUGGACCAUACGACUACCGCCGAAUGCAAGAGUCGCAACAGUCUGCAGCGCUCGACGCCUUCAUGCCUUUGGCGACCCACCCCGGUAAUUUGUACUAUCAUUAUGUCGAGAGAUUGAUGAAUCAGGACGACAGCUUUUCAGGUUGGACAGCGACAGAAGGUUUUUCAACGGACAGUUGGUGAGAUUGGCAGGGUUUUGUUCGAAGGAGAUCACAUUCUUGACUGAUGAUUUGGUAUAGUUGAAGUAUCACUCGGGAUUUUGGUACGACCUCCUGCUGAGUCAAGGCAAGGAGUAAUGACAAUGAUUAGAUAGUAUGGAUUGCUUUUCGAAGAAGCUUUUUAGCAUAGAAGUCUAUAGACAAUC